UGCCAUACUAUCAGUUGUCGCGAAUGCUGCAAAAUUGUCGAACUCGCCCAAUGCAGCUUGUAAUGCCAUCAAGAAGUUGGAAAACAAACUUGACAAGCUUGCACAGAACUUGGGGGGAAAGUUGGAAAAUCUAACUGCACUAAUCAGCAAGACUUCCUCGCCGGGUAAAAAGUCGACCUAAAAUAUUUCAACAUAAAGUUUUGGCUUAAAGUGAAUUUUAUCCCUAACCUUACCGGAAAUAUUAAUUUUCCUUCUAGUCGUUCCCGCCUCCUCUUGCAAGGAACUGUAUGAUAAUCACGGGUAAGUUUACUGAUCGGUUUUUUGAUGCAUCACAUGCAUGUUACAAAUACCUAUCUUUUGCUGCAAUUCCUUUACUUUUUUAGUAGGACAAAACCCCUUGUCUGUUUCUUUUUUAGUGAGCAUCUUGAAUUGGGACGAGACGAUGUUUCUCGCUUGACAUUUAUUGACAAAGAUGAAGAGGACUGUUUAUUUUUGUCGCUUAAAUUUUUCUCCAUCAGGUUAACUUUCAGCCGAGUGUAUACGCUGAAGUUUGAUUCACACAAGUUUUCUGUUUACUGUCACAUGGGAGUGCGGAGAUGGAGGAUGGACGCUGGUCAUGAAGAUUGACGGCACUAAGGUACAAGGCUUUCAGCUUAUCACCUAACUGUGAUAUGAAUAUUUAUUUUAUGAUUCUCGUUUGCAGAAAACUUUCCACUACGAUUCUCAUCUCUGGAGCGACAAAAACUCCGGGCCAUACAACAUUGCAGGAGGGAGAACUGGGUUUGAUUCACAAGAGACUAAGCUGCCGAGCUACUGGAAAACACCCUUCUCCAAGAUCUGCCUCGGUAUGAAGAUCGGCCACAAGAUAAGAUUCUUUACCAUCUACAGGCACGCCAACUCGCUGUACUCGCUGAUCGCUGACGGCCUAUACCGCGCCACCUCACUGGAUCGAAUCACGUGGAAGUCGCUGAUUGGUCCACAGGCAUCCUUACAAAAAUACUGUAACAAGGAAGGGUUCAAUGCUAUCUGCAGCGAUAAACCACAUUCCAAGGCAAGAAUUGGUAUCACAAGCAAUGAAGUGAACGAUUGUGUCUGGUGUGACUCCAGAAUCGGAUUUGGUACAGGAGGACUUUAUGACGACACAAACACGUGUGGAAAUGAGGCCACAAUUUCCCCAGACAACGGAAACAAGCACAUCAAAACCAUGGGCUACAUCUUGGUUCAGUAGUAAAGAACCCAGAACUUUCCAAUGAGCAUUAAAAUUUUAGUCGGUUAGUUUACCUCAAGUUUUCUCUCAGAAGAAACAAAAUUCACAGUAGGACAUAGGUGCCACUUAGGUUAGAUGAUCUUGUAAAGAUUGCCUUAUAUUCUAAAUAAAGUGGGGAACAAUUAAAUUCAUGGUUGUUUUAGUUUGAUAUGAAUAAGAGAGACUUCUGUUA